UCACUGGCAUCUCAGGAUGUAAAAGAUGGCAGGUGUUUCCCUCAAACCAGCGACUCUCCUAGCACAAUGAUAAAGAAUAGAUAAGAGUCCGAGAUGACCUCCCUUUAAAACUGCUUCGUUAGGCACAUUUUCUUCCAAUUUGUGCCUCCUGAACCACACCAGGUGUCGUGACCUUUAAGUUAACUGUAUUCUGGAAACCCUUGCGCUCCCUUAUGUACCCACGAGUAUGAUCUUUCCACCAGCAUAAUAGUUUUAUAAUGACCCCUGUUGGGGUAGGUUCCUUGUUCCGUGUCAAUCAUUGGCUUAUUGGUGAACUCAGCAGUCAGAAAAAAUAAAUCAAACCUUCAUUAAUGCAAUUGCAGAGAGAAGUUAACAAUGGAAGCACAGCAUGCAUGUUUCACAGUAAGUUCUGCAACCAACCAAAGGGUGCAGCUAAUUAUAUACUUUGAUCACUUCCCUGAUGGUGUGAUCAUCUACUUCAGUGUAUAUGUGCUGCAAUAAGCUGAGGUAACCUAGUACAGUACAUUUUCUUAAUUCAUUAGCAUUGACCACUUUACACAAGAUCAAAAUGAGACACUUGUUACUUCUAUCUAGUUUCGGUCUGACUCACACCCAGCCUGCAGGUUAAGGGCUUAACAGCAGAGAUGAAAAUAGAUAGCUUGUGCAAGGUAUAGUGUCAGAGUACAGACACAUAGCAACAGUACAAUAGUGAGACAAGCAUAUGAAUCUUAAGGUCCCCUUAAUCAAUAAUGGGGAGGGUCUUUGGGACCCUACACCCCAUAAUCCCUGGGCUGUUGGUGUCCUCACUCAGAGCCAUCUGCCUACAGAGCUCCAUAAGAGAUAACACACUGCACACCCACACACUCUCUCCACAUUGUUGGCACCGGAAGAUCGUUUGCAUGACUGCAAACAAUAAAAUCCCCGGUCAAAUGUAGGAGAUGCCUAGACAACACUAUCAAUAUUGACUAUUUUCAGAGAGGAGCAAAGCAGCACACAGACAGUCUCUCCUGUUAAAAGCAUAUCGUUUGACCCAUGGCAAACUUCACUACUACAGAAGAUGACUGCUGCGCCUUUGAGUCUCCCAUCCUGGACCAUGUCCUGCCUCCCAUCCUGGUGCUGGAGUUCAUGUUUGGGCUGAUGGGGAAUGUUGUGGCUCUGUGGAUGUUUAUUUUCCACAUGGACACCUGGAAGCCCAACUCUGUCUACCUCACACAGCUGGCCGUUGCCGACUCCAUCGUCCUGUUCUGGCUUCCAUUCAGAGCCGACUACUACCGACGCGGGGAGCACUGGAUCCAUGGUGAUGCCAUGUGCCGGAUUAUGCUGUUCAUGUUGACGGCCAACCGCGGCGCUGGCAUCUUCUUCCUCACUGCAGUGGCUGUCGACCGUUACCUCAAGAUCGUUCACCCCAUGAACAAGAUCAACCGGAUGGGCCUGAAUUAUGCUCUGUGGGUGUCUCUGGGCCUGUGGGGGAUGAUCAUCGCUGCAUCCGGGUACCUGCUGACCAACAAACACUUAUUCUACCGCAACAACCAGACACAGUGCGAGAGCUUCAACAUCUGCAUGGGCUUCAGCCCGCUGUCUACGUGGCACAACACCUUAUACGUGACCCAGUUCUUCUUGCCCACCGCCAUUGUCACCUUCUGCACGGUCUGCAUCACCUGGCAGCUGAAGAACAAGACGAUCGACACCGGGGGGAAGAUCAAACGUGCGCUGCAGUUUGUCAUGGCCGUGGCACUCAUCUUCAUAAUUUGCUUCUUCCCCAGUACAGUGUCUCGGAUCGCUGUGUGGAUCCUCAAGGUCUGGUACAACGAGUGCCAUUAUUUCAAAGAGGCCAGUUUGGCGUUCUACACCUCUGUGUGUUUCACCUACUUCAACAGCGUGCUGAACCCCAUCGUGUACUACUUCUCCAGCUCUGCCUUCAGUGGGAACUUCCAGAAGCUGUUCAACAGACUGCUGGGGAGGAAAGAGGAGGAGGUAACGCCAGCCUCGCCUGAGACUGGGACCGAGAUCAGCAGUGCAAAUACAGUGUCAGGGAGGAGUAGUAACUUCCAAUCACAGGUCCAGGGUGAGGGUCUAUACUCGCAAAGCGUCUCAGACUUAUUCAUUGUGAUGUAAAAUACAAAACUGAUCCUAGAUCAGCACUCCUAGGCGUACUCUGAGACGCUUUUAUGAAAAGGUACCCAGGAGAACAAAAUAUCUGACUGUGUGAUUUUUCUUCUUCUACUCUAGUGGAAUAUGGUGUGUUCUAAAGAAUAUUAACCAGAUGUGAAGGAAGUCAAGGAAGGUGGAGAUAGUUGUCUGUUAGAUACGAAUUUUAACAUUUUUAUGUUAUGUUGAUGUUCUAUAGCUAAAAGUAGAAAUUCAUUAAUUGGUUCGCUCAAUUAAGAAUUUGUUUGCAGUAUAACAGUGGAAUCUUUAAUGUAAUAUGUCAUAUUUACAAUCCUUUGUCUUUGAGUUUUGUGUAUUUGCUGGUGAUUCAAGUAAAUUCCUUGUGAACUAGAAAAGUACAUUUCCUAAAGAAAAUGUGUGUGCUUGCUAGCUUGUCUUAAAGUAUUUUUGGUUGUGAAAUAAGUUAUAGUAGUGAUAGUGACUGCAGGAGCAAUGAUAUUGACUGGUUAUAGUUGAAAAAGUAGGCAGAUUUGAUUUGAUUAUUUGAUAGAAUAGGAUAGCCUGAACAUGUGAAGUUGGUUCGGUGUCUCUAGCUUGAACAGUUCAAGAGUUACUACUAGUGUUGGUGGUUAUUUUAUACUAAUGUUAGUUGUUUUAAUGUUUGUAGCUGAAAUUGUUAAAAAGCAGUAGCUUUUAAAUUGUCUACCACUGUGUUCUUAUGGUUGGCAUUGAAUCCAUGAAGUGUUAUGCUAAUUUAUGCAAAUCAAAAUAGUUCAUAAAGGGUUAUAGGAAAUUUGACGUUAGGAUAGCCUGAAUGUUUUAAAGCUGUUGUAGCUUCAUUGGUUUAGGAGCAGGACCGUUUUGAAUAGCUACCACUGUAUUACUAUGUUUCUCAUUUAAAACCAUGUUAAUUUAUGCAUAUUUUUUAUUGUUAUAGUUCAAAAAGUAUAGAUAGGUGGAAAGAUUGUUUUGAUUGAUAACAUGAGAAAGUUAAUUUAGUGUCUCUAGCUUUAACAGAAAGUUAAUUUAGUGUCUCUAGCUUUAACAGUUCAAGAGUAAAUAUUACUGUUGGUGGGUUAUGUUAUGAUAAUGAAAAAUGAUUGAAAUAAUUAUAAUGUAUAAAGUAAAAAAAAUGUUAGUUGUUUCAAUGUUUGUAGCUGAAAUGGUGAAAGAGCAGUAGCAUUUAAAAUGUCUACCACUGUGUUGUUGUUUGACUUUGAAAACAUUACAGUUUAUGCGAAUACAUGCAAAUUAAAAUAAAUUA